AGCAUAACCAUGAACUCCUCAGGCAUGUUUGGAGAUUCGCUUCUGGACCCUAACAUGAGUCUCACAGAUGACGUCAACCUAACAUACUUAGACUCCACUGAACCCUUUGACGCUCACGGUAUCUUAGCUGGGGUGAUGACGAACUUUUCCCAGGCGACAUUAGAUCCCAUCCUAUCAUUGGUGGAAGGAGGAGGAGGGGGAGGAGGGGCUAUAGGAGGAGGAGUUGCAGAAGGAACAGCAGCCAAUUUAGCAAGGAUAGAAUGUACAUAUGUGCAUGAAAACAAGACGUUCUUCUGGGAUACGUGCGUGCCCCUCGACGACCCCCUGGAGAUGAGAAAACCUCACCGUGCCAAUCCGAGCUUCGUGCCCAUCGUGGUGACACACGCCCUCACCUUCCUGCUGGGGGUGUCAGGCAACAGCGUCAUCGUCGUCUCCAUGGCCAAGGAUAAAGGCACCAGGAACGUCACCAGCUGGUUCCUCGUAUCUCUGGCCGUGGCUGACCUGCUGCUGUUGGUGUUAUGUGUGCCUCUUGAGACGCUGCAGUACUUCCUCUGGACGCCUCACCUCUCCCUGCCUGUGUGUAAGCUGUCAUCCUAUUGUGAAUUGCUGUCAGCUGUCGCCUCUGUCCUCAACCUGACAGCUGUUAGUCUGGAGAGGUACAUCGUCAUUGUCUACCCUAUGAGGUCACGUACCUUCUGCACGCUCAGUAACUGCAGGAGAGCCAUCAUCGGGGUCUGGUGCGUCUCUCUGGUUCUCUCUGUACCUGCCGGCAUAACACAGGACGUCUACUCGAUGACGUACUUCAACGCCACCCACAGCGUGACGGUGUACCACUGCGCGACGGACGGUGACCACGGCAUGAUGUUCGCUGUGUACCGCCUCGUCAUCGUGUUCCUCCUGCCGGCGAUCUUCAUGUCUAUCUUCUACGCCAGGGUGAUCAAGGCUCUCUGGGUGUCUACCAAGAAGAUGACCGCCAUGACCCGCGUCUACAGCAUCUCGUCACAUAACUCCCUGGCCUCGUGUUCAGUGUCGUCAGGGCUGGUUCAUCCUUCUCCUUCAGCAGCCUCGGGUCUGGCAGCUCUACACGCCGCCUGCCCCCUCAAGCGGUGCGUCCACAGGCAGAAAUCCGGAGAGGAGGUGAAACAGGCCAGGAAACAGGUAAUCAAGAUGUUAAUACUGGUAAUAAUCUUGUUCAUGGCGUGCUGGGGCCCCAAGAUCGUGUUCUUCGUGUUCCUCAAGAACGGCCUCUCACAGGAGUCCUUCAAGCCCCUCGUCUACAACACCCGGAUCUACCUCGGCCUCCUUCCUUUCAUCCACUCCUGCCUCAACCCCAUUAUAUACAGCUUCAUGUCAACAAACUUCGGGCGUAUGAUGCGACGGUCUUGUGCGCGUGAGAACUGCGGCUCCCUCCUCAACAACCUGUGUGCGGGCGCCUCUAGGACCAACCAGAAGCCAGAGAACGAUGUUGACAACCCUCCCGGAGUACCUCUCGCAGCCCCCUCAACCCCGCCCACCAUACCCUCUGGCCCCAUAUACCUAGAAAACGGUUUCGACCUGGCGAAUACCUCCUACUUGGACCUCAAUGGCCACACCUCAAGUGUCGCCACCAACCUUAGGACGAACCUCGAGGACAACCAGGACUCUAGAAUGUAACGUUGAGGUCCUACUACUCUAACGUCUUCAAGUAGGAGAGAAACGGGUGCUAAGAAGUCAAAGGUUCCUGCUUGAAGUCUUCGGAAGUUUCAUACUCAAGUCGUACUCCAGGCUUACAAGUAGGAGACUACCAGGUUUCCGACCCCGAAGAGUCGUAUUUGAGCUCUCCAAGUCGUGUUUCAACUCCGAGUCUAAUAUACAACCAACACCCAAUAAAAUCCUACCUGAAGUACGAGGAGGAUCAGGAUCUAAUAGCCGAAAGUCCUGAAUUUCAGAGGAUAAAAGUCCAAAGGGAAGGGAGAGGAAAAUCAACCAAUAAAUGAGGGAAGAGAAGAAAAUCGAUGAUAAUAAAGAGAAAUAUCACCUCCUGGGCAUCCCUUCCCCUCAAACACCCAACAAUCAGAUACAUUCUACCGUGUUCCUCUAACUCUCACAGAACACGGACAGAACUGAACACAUAUCCCCGAGCUGUUAUUAUAUGUUCUACCAAUUAUAGAACAAAAUAAAAAUAGAAAUAAAAUAUAAUCUCCUCUGUUAUUAGACGAUAACUUAACAUAAAGAAGAAGAGAGAUAAUAUUAUUUACUUUUCAUCUGUUCUCUCAUUUAUAGAAUAACAAAUGGAAAGAACAGUUGUUAUUUGUGUUCCUGUACUUAUAACAGAUAUAAGUAGUAUAAGUAAUAUUCUACAUCAUUAGUUCCUGUGUGUUUCUCCAUUGAAUAAGUAGUUUAUAAGUAGAUGGUUCAGUUGCUGUUAAGUGUUAUCAUCCACCUAUAAAGGAUUGUAUCAGUUUUACUACCUAUAAAUGUACCUGCUCCAAUGUUAGGGGAUAAGUGAAAGAUAUUACGGAUAUUACUCUCACUUACACCUAUUUUAAGGACGAUGGUUUAAAGACUUCAGGACCACACCUUAUAUUACCUACCAUUAAAGGGUUAUAAUUGGGACCAUCGUCUUUAAAAAUGGGUUAAAGAAGUAGAAUAUUAGCUAAGGGUAUUUUGGAAUUGUUAAUACGUCACUUGAGUAUUAGAAUUACCCCACCUAAUUGAAACUCAAAUACUCCAAAUAAGUGAGAAUUUAGAAAUAUUGCCCAAAUAAAAUAAGUUUGAGAAAUAUUAUUUAAGUGUUAGAGUUGGCAAUAUUGUGUACUAAGAGAGGAUAUUUCGCACUGGUGGUGAGAAUAACCUAAACAAGAAUAAUAAUAGUAAAAUAAUAUAAAAACAAAUAUAAUGGUAAUAUUAAAGUAACAUUUGAAUUAAUUUAACAAAACUAUUAAUAAUUUCUAAACUAUUUACAAGGUAUUUUCUCAGUUAGUUGUAUACUGUGUGUGUGUGUGUGUGUGUGUGUGUGUGUGUGUGUGUGUGUGUGUGUGUGUGUGUGUACCUGACUCGACAUUCCGUUUCUCUUUCAGAUUAAUUGGAAACGGCUUUAACCUUGCAUAUAAUUUAACUAAUUCGAUUAUUCAGAUAGUCCUUUGGGUAUGAUGGUUUAACCCCUUGAGUAUGAUGGUUUAACCCCUUGAGUAUGAUGGUUUAACCCUUU